GCGGGCCCGCGCUCCGGGCGGCGGCGGCGGCGACGGCGGCCGGGCCCGCGCCAUGAGCAUCGAGACGCUGCUGGAGGCGGCGCGGUUCCUGGAGUGGCAGGCGCAGCAGCAGCAGACCGCACGUGAGGAGAAUGAGAAGCAUGAGAAGCUCUGCCUGGAGAGGGAGCAGGAGCAGAAGAAGGCGGGCAAGGCCGGCGUGCCACGGGCCAACAGCACCCUAUCCCCAGAGGAGCCCCGGAGCGAACUGCUGGUGCCCAUCUCCCCCCCGGGCCCAGUGCCCCUGCCACCCCCGCCCCUGGCAGCUCCCAUUUCAGUCAUUCCCAUCCCCGUGGUCACCAGUUCCCCCCAGCAAGCAGCCCAGACCGCCCUGUCGCCGCCGCUCGCGCAGCGCCACCAGCCCCUCUUGAGCACUCCCGGCGUCCCCAAGGAAGCGCCGUCGGUGGCACCGGUGAUCCAGCGGCCGCCGGGCCCGCACCUGCCGGACGGGAAGGCGGCCACGCCGCCCUCGGGCAGCCCCAAGCAGCUCCCGCACUACGCGGCGCCGGUGCUGGCCAUCUCGCAGCACCAUGUGGUGCCGCAGCCCAUCCAGCCCCUGCAGCACCCCGCAGCGCCCGCGCCCCUCGGCGCCCUGAAGCUGGCGCCGGCCGACGACAUGAAACCCAUCGAGCUCAAGAAGAGAAUUGGAGGGGUUGGGACCAGGGAAGUACAUAAUAAAUUGGAGAAGAACAGACGUGCACAUUUGAAAGAGUGCUUUGAGACAUUAAAGCGCAACAUCCCCAACGUAGAUGACAAGAAGACCUCAAACCUCAGCGUCCUCAGGAGUGCCUUGCGAUACAUCCAGACUUUAAAGAGGAAGGAAAAAGAAUAUGAACACGAGAUGGAGCGGCUGGCGAGGGAAAAGAUCGCUACGCAGCAGCGGCUGGCAGAACUGAAGAACGAGUUGAGCCAGUGGAUGGAUGUUCUGGAGAUUGACAGAAUUAUUCGACAGACAGUUCAGCCAGAGGAUGACCAGGCAUCUACCUCGACAGCAUCAGAGGGUGAAGACAACAUGGAUGAAGAUAUGGAAGAUGACAGGCCAGUGAACUCAUUACCAAAACUCACCCAGCGCCAGCACCCGGAGCUGCUGAAAGCCGUCCCCCCCAGUGCUGCUGCCCCCCUGCCCGCGGUCCUGCCCCCACACGUGUCCAUCCAGCAGAAGCCCCACGCCCAGCCCUCCCUGCCGACACAGGCACUGGUCCCGCCGCAGGCGAUCGUCCCUGCACAGACUCACAUCGUGGCGGCCUCGACCGUGCAAUCGACUGUUAUCGCCCACACGGCCACCACCCACGCCUCGGUCAUCCAGACUGUCAACCACGUCAUUCAGGGGCCACAGACCAAGCACAUUGCUCACAUUGCACCUUCCACAUCCAGCCCCGUGCAACUCACCACUGCUGCUCAGCCCAUCGGCCACAUCACUGUGCACCCAGCCACCAUCAACCACAUGGCCCACCUGGGCCCACAGCUGCCCAUCUACCCCCAGCCCGUGGCCGUCAGCCAGCCCGUGGUGAGCCACAUCGCUCACACCAUCUCGCACCAGCAAGUGAACGGCACGGCGGGCCUGGGCCAGCCGGCCGUGAUGGCCAAGCCGGCCGUGGGAACCCAGGUUGUCCAUCACCCGCAGCUGGUGGGGCAGACGGUCCUGAACCCCGUGACUAUGGUGACCAUGCCGUCGUUCCCGGUGAGCACGCUGAAGCUGGCCUAAGAGGACGGUGCACCUGCGAGGUCUUUGUUGGGAACCUUUCCUAAGGAAACUCCGUACAUUCCAACCAUGCCCGGCUUGGCGGGACAAGGCGCGGAACGCCGAGGGCGGCGGGGCCGGCCUGUCCGGCCUGUCCCGGUGCCCGGCCUGUCCCCGCACCCGGCCUGUCUGGCCUGUCCCGGUGCCCGGCCUGCCCCGGUGCCCGGCCUGUCCCCGCGCCCGGCCUGUCCGGCCUGUCCCGGUGCCCAGGCUGUCCCUGCGCCCGGGCUGUCCCAGUGCCCGGCCUGUCCUGGUGCCCGGCCUGUCCCCACACCCGGCCUGUCCGGCCUGUCCCUGCGCCCGGGCUGUCCCAGUGCCCGGGCUGUCCUGGUGCCCGGGCUGUCCCGGUGCCCGGCCUGUCCUGGUGCCCGGCCUGUCCCCACACCCGGCCUGUCCGGCCUGUCCCUGCGCCCGGGCUGUCCCGGUGCCCGGGCUGUCCCCGCGCCUGGGCUGUCCCAGUGCCCGGGCUGUCCCGGUGCCCGGGCUGUCCCAGUGCCCGGGCUGUCCCGGUGCCCGGGCUGUCCCGGUGCCCGGGCUGUCCCGGUGCCCGGCCUGUCCCCCGCCCAGCCUGUCCCGGUGCCCGGGCUGUCCUGGUGCCCAGCCUGUCCCAGUGCCCGGGCUGUCCCCACACCCAGCCUGUCCCGGUGCCCGGGCUGUCCCCCGCCCAGCCUGCCGCCAGGACGGUGCCACGCCGCGCUCGGGGCCGUGCCGCUGAGAGACUUCAAAGACAGUUGUUCAUGGUGAUUUUUUUUCCUUCUAUGUGUAAUGAGUGAACUAUGGAUAUGAUGUUCUUAAGACUUUAAUUUUGCCCUCUUAUGUGUUGCUUCUUUGUAGAAUAAAAAUUGCUGAUCUCUUUAUUGAGACAUUGCGUAGAAUGGGAAAAAAAAUCAUAGAAGUCUAUAUUUAUAUAUAUGUGUGUAUGUGUGUGUAUAUAUAUAUGUAUAUACAUAUAUAUAUAUAAAUAUAACAUUUGAAGGCCUUUUGUAAGGUUGAUUAUUUUGCAGGAUUAUGAGACAAAAUUCAUUUUUGGAGGAAGAAGCCAGAGUGUCCUCUCUAAACAAGAAACUAUAAGAUAGAUGGUUUGGUGGACCAGAGUACAGUGACAAAAAACCCCCAACAACAAACCACGAGUCAAACCAUGUUAAAGGUAUUUCCCAUCAAUAUAUUACAUUUCAAAAACCAUCUAAAAUCACUGUGACUUGUUAUGGCAUUUUAAGGAAAUUCUCUGUCCUGUCUAAUAAAAGGAAAAAGAAUACACGACCAGA